GGCUGCAAGAAGGAGGAGCUGAGGAAUCGGUCUCGCAGGGUCCCGGGCGUCUGCAGAGCCAGGAAAGCUGGCGGCGCUCUGCAUCCCUCAGUCCACUUCCUCCGCUUAGCCCGAGCCCCGAGGCAGAUUCUGGCCGGCCGGUGUGCGAACGAGCCAGCGAGCGAGGCCCCGGGCUCCCGCUGCCUCCCGCUCCAGAUGGAGUAUCUCAGUGUCAUGGUCUCUUGCUGGUUCCCUCUCAACUGCUGGCUCUCGGCUGUCGCGGCCACCAGGACCCAAGAGCUGCUCUUGUCUGGAAAGUUAAGUGAAUAUGGCGUGUUCGUUCCGUUCAGUGCCGAUCAGCAAGGCCGGUUCCUCUCGCACGUGGUGUCCGGACCCGCUGCCUCUGGGAACGGUGCGUUUGGCGGACCUCCUUUGCCACCACCCCUCGCCUCCAGCCGGCACCGGGUGGCCCGGAGCCCUUCCAUCUCCGCCGGAGAGCCGGCUGGCCCGCGUCCGGAGGGGAAGUAUUCCAUUUAUUUCAACGUCACCCUCUUCGGGAAGGAGUUCCAUUUGAGCCUGAAGCCCAAGCGGCGGCUGGUGGUCCCCGGAGCCUUCACCCAGUGGCAGGAGGACUUCCGGGAGGUUUCUCGGAAGCCGCUCCAUCAGGAGUGUGUCUUCACUGGCAGCAUCACCGGCAUGCCGGCCACCGCCGUGGCCAUCAGCAACUGUGACGGAUUGGCCGGCCUAAUCCGUACUGACAGCAGUGAGUACUUUAUCGAACCUCUGGAGAGGGGUCAGCAGUUGAAGGAGGAGACCGGGAGGACACAUAUCGUCUACCACCGGGCAGCCAUCAGGCAGGAGGAAGGAGACCUCCACAAUGAAGUCCCAGACUUUGGUCCCCGGGGGCUCCCCAACCUGCUGGGCUCAGUGGAGGCGCAACUGGGAGAGGCCCAGCGGAAGCGGCGUCACGCCAAGCCGGGCGACUACACCAUCGAGGUGCUGCUUGCUGUGGACGAUUCGGUGGUGCGCUUUCAUGGCAAGGAACACGUCCAGAAUUACGUCCUGACCCUGAUGAACAUAGUAGAUGAGAUCUACCAUGACGAGUCCCUGGGGGUGCACAUGAACAUAGCGCUGGUGAGGAUGAUCAUGGUGGGUUACCGGCAGUCUCUGAGCUUGAUUGAGCGAGGGAACCCGUCCAGGAGCCUGGAACAGGUGUGCCGAUGGGCUCACUCCCAGCAGCGCUCGGACCCCGGCCAUGCCGAGCACCACGACCAUGCCGUCUUCCUCACACGGCAGGAUUUUGGUCCCGCAGGGUAUGCACCUGUUACUGGAAUGUGCCACCCCCUGAGAAGCUGCACCCUCAACCAUGAAGAUGGCUUUUCUUCUGCCUUUGUAGUGGCCCAUGAAACUGGCCAUGUGCUAGGCAUGGAGCACGAUGGCCAGGGGAACCGCUGUGCUGACGAGACGGGCAUGGGGAGCAUCAUGGCGCCGCUGGUGCAGGCCGCCUUCCACCGUUACCACUGGUCCCGCUGUAGCAAGCAGGAGCUGAACCGUUACAUACACUCCUAUGACUGCCUCCUGGACGACCCCUUUGAGCACCAGUGGCCCCAGCUGCCCGAGCUUCCCGGGAUCGACUACUCCAUGGACGAGCAGUGCCGGUUUGACUUCGGUGUGGGCUACCAGACCUGCACGGCUUUCAGAACCUUCGACUCUUGUAAACAGCUGUGGUGCAGCCACCCUGACAACCCCUACUUCUGCAAAACCAAGAAGGGGCCGCCCCUGGAUGGGACGGAGUGUGCGCCAGGCAAGUGGUGUUUUAAAGGCCAUUGCAUCUGGAAGACGUCGGAACAGCCCUACGGCCAGGACGGCAGCUGGAGCUCCUGGACCAAGUUUAGCUCCUGCUCCAGGACGUGUGGGGGUGGGGUGCGUUCCCGGAGCCGCAGCUGCACCAACCCACCCCCAGCCUACGGAGGCCGCCAGUGCCCAGGCCCCAUGUAUGAAUAUCAGAUCUGCAACACAGAGGAGUGUGGGGGCCCCUACAAAGACUUCCGAGCCCAGCAGUGUGCCAAGCGCAAUUCCUACUACACCCACAAGAAUGCUCGGCACAGCUGGAUCCCCUAUGAGCAUGAUGAUGAGGCCCAGAAAUGUGAGCUGAUUUGCCAGUCCGAAGACACUGGGGACGUGGUGUUUAUGAACCAAGUCGUCCACGAUGGCACCAGGUGCAGCUACAGGGACCCUUACAGCGUAUGUGCCCGAGGAGAGUGUGUGCCUGUUGGGUGUGACAAGGAGGUCGGGUCCAUGAAGCAGGACGACAAGUGUGGCGUAUGUGGGGGUGACAACUCCCACUGCCGGACUGUGAAGGGCACCCUGGCCAAGUCCCCCAAGCAGCCAGGUUCUCUCAAAUUGUUCCACAUUCCAGCUGGAGCCAGGCACAUUCAGAUUGAAGAACUGGAGAAGGAGCCCCAGACCAUCGCGGUGAAGAAUAAGGCCACUGGGAGCUACAUCCUCAAUCCCAAGGGCAAAGGUGCUGAGAACCGAACCUUCAUUGAGAUGGGCCUGGAAUGGGAAUAUAGUGUGGAGGACUCAAAGGAGACUCUGAAGACCAGCGGCCCUCUGCCCGAAGCGGUCACUGUCCUGGUCGUCUCCCAAGGGGACAGCGACUCCAGGAGCAGCCUGAUAUACAAGUAUGUCAUCCACGAGGACCUGCUGCCCCUCAUAGGGAGCAACAAUGUGCUCCUGGAAGAGACGGAGUCGUACGAGUGGGCCCUCAAGAGCUGGUCCCCAUGCUCGAAAACCUGUGGAGGAGGCGUCCAGUACACCAAGUAUGGCUGCCGGCAGAGGAGCGGCCAUCGAAUGGUGCACCGCCACUUCUGCGACAACCAGAAGAAGCCCAAGCCCAUCCGGAGACGCUGCAGCCAGCAUGAGUGCUCCCAGCCCUCGUGGGUAGCUGAGGAGUGGGGUCCCUGUAGCAAGAGCUGUGGAAAGCUGGGGGUGCAGACUCGGGCCGUGCAGUGCCUCCAGCCCCUUCACAACGGCACUAGCCGGGCUGUGCAUAUCAAGUACUGCCCAGGGGAGCGGCCUGAGGCCCGGAGGCCCUGUCACCGAGUGCCCUGCCCAGCCCAGUGGAGGACGGGAGCCUGGUCUCAGUGCUCAGCGAGUUGUGGGGAAGGUAUCCAGCAGCGCCAGGUGGUUUGCAAGAGCAGUGACAACAGUGUGGGCCAGUGUGAGGGGGACAAGCCCGAGACCGUCCAAGUCUGCAGCCUACCCGCCUGCCCUGGGAAGCUCCCGAGCAUCACGGCAAAGAUGGAGACCAGCGAGCGUGUAACCCCCAAAGGCCAGUGGGCUCCUCGGACUGGGCCCCCCAAUCCUGUCAACAAGAUAUCACCAAAAGCCCCCUGCCUGGGGGACAAGUCCAUCUUCUGCCAGAUGGAAGUCCUGGCUCGUUACUGCUCCAUCCCCGGCUACAACAAGCUGUGCUGUGAGUCCUGCAGCAAGAAGGGGGAGGAGGCCACUGCCCCCACCAGCUUGGCCCCGAGCCCGACCCCGCCUCCACCCUUCCCUUCCACGGCCAGUACGGGAAUCUUCUCUCAGAGCCCUGGGACCGACGCAGCAUCUCCAGGAAUGAACGAGACCCUCCUCACAGCUCCUAGUCUGCCCCUCCAGAUGGAAGGACCAGCCAAUCAGCAGCCAGGCCACAGAAACCCUCCUACAGAGUCCCCAGCCCUGCCAGAUACCAGCCUGUCAGCGACUCGGGGCAGGCUUGCUCCACAAAAGCAACAUUGGGGAGCCUUGUGGGACAGCGCCCCAGCCCCCUGGGGGCUCCAGGUGCCCACCCCACCUUCCAGUGACUCCAGCACUCUGGCCUCUGCCUCUUGGGACAGUAAGAGACCGGGACCCCGCGGCCAGCGUUUGCCCACAACCUCUCCCAUCACAUGAGCCCCAGUGUCUGGCUGUCUCUCUCACUUAACCCAGGUUUACACAGUCUUUGAAUUGCCCUUGGGACUCAGGAGAUUUACUGACAGGGGAACAUGGGGGAAGGGCCGAGGGAAGGCUCUGUUUUUAAUUAUUUGUGUAAUUGUUAUCAUGGUUAUUCUUAAUGGAAACUGUGCACUUUGUAGCCCUCUCGAGAGGGAGAGAAGAGGGUCAGACCAGGGUGGAGGGAUGGUGGAUCUCCAGCAGUGAAAGGGAGCCAAGUACCCCGAGAAGUUGACAGUGCAUUGGUGAGUCCCCUGGGCCAGAUACCUCAAAGCACGGACGGCCCAAGCCACGGGGACUUGCCCUCUCAGGUGCUAACGGGGCCUUAUUGCAAGUCGGUCCAGGGACAGACCAGACACAUUGCUGGACAUGCACAAUCCUUUCUCCUUGCUGCUGUCAUUGAGUCCCAGGGUAGCUCUGAAAGACCCCCACCCUCCCCAGGAAGCCAGGGCCAUGAGCCACUUUCAAGGUCCCUGCCUGGGAAAGAUGGAGGGCUGCUAUCAGACUGAGGGAACCCUUUCCCAUUGGCACUGGGGAGGGCAGGGGAGAGAAGGUGAUGGGGGCAGUGAAUAUGGUGACUCUGCUUCCCAUAGAGCCUGGGGGGGGGUGGAGGCUGAUGAAAGAUGCUGAAGACCAACCCGGCCACUGGGUCUUGAACUCGGCUAGAAUGAACCCCAGAGAGCAUCAAGUCCAGCCUCCUCCUUUUACAGAUGGGGAAACUGAGGCUUAUGGUGGUUAAGUGACUUCUCCAAUGUGACAUAGGGAGUAUAGUCAAGAUGGAGGCAUCCACAGGGGACCCCAGACUCACAAGGGACAGCUGGGCCCUUGCUUCCUCAGAAGUCUGUAGGAAGGAGGAUAUGCCUUCGGGAUUUUUUCCCUUGGGGGUGGGGGGAGGCAUGAGGACGUUCCUGUUUGUUGUUGGACACAGAGCUGAUCUAGAAACCUGCCCAAGAGAGAGUACCAUUGGCUGAGAAUAACAGAGCCUUGGGUCAUUUCGAAAGCCCACCCCUCUCUGCUCUGAGUAGGUGGGUGGGCCGCACACACAUUCUAGUAGGCCGAGAGUACCCACCACACUAGGACCAUAGAUUUAGAGCUCAAAGGGAAAUCAGCGAUCCUUGGGUCCAAUCUCUGUGUUGUACAGGUAAGGAGACUGAAACCUAGGAAGGUUCAUCAGGUCACCUGGGGAGCAAGAGUUGAGCUGGGACCCCUUCCUCAGUACCACCCUUCCUCCCCCAUGGCUCCUCUGGGGUUCCUUCUAGCUCGCAGACUAAAGCCUGCAUUAUUACCUUAGCCCCAGAGCUCUUUGCUCACCUUCACUCACCUCUGCAGGGAGGGGCUAGGCUCCCCAGGUGACCUGUCUUGUGGUGCUCAUCGUCUCUUCAUCAGUUGCCCUGGAAGCCCUGAGAAGAGGCGCCCCAGUGUAUCAUCCCAGGUGUCAUGGUUCCCUGGCCCCAAAGACCCAGCUUCCUGUGUCCCUCGCUGUGCUAUGGGUCGGUCAGUCCCUCACCAGCCGCCACCGCUGGACUACAGGAGAUCCCCAGGUGUGGUCGAGGCAGGGGGCUCACCUCAGAGAGAAAGGAGCUUGAGGCCUCAAAGCCCCACCUUGGGGAAGGUGCCUCCCUCAAGAAGAGAAACUCUCGGGGUGGUGGCAGCUACACUGCCCUCCCUGUUCGGUCCCAGAAUGUUGUUGGGGGCCGACCUGGAAUUAUUCCUGUAACAUCACCCGGCCCAGAGUUACAGUGUAUAAAGUGUUGUAUAUAGCGGCCCCGAAGCUUUUAAAUGUGACGUAUUUAUUAAGUUUGUCCCAGGCUUGUGAAUUUCCCCCCCUUCUUCUUUGUUUUUGUUUUUAUUUUUUUCCUUUCGGCUGCUCCAGAAAUGUACCAAAGCACAAAAAGAUUUGUUCCUGUUGUUUUAUUUUUGAGGAAAGGAAAACCCCAAACACCAUCCCGAAGGGAGCUGCGAUGGGCUUCUUUGCAGGGGACCUGACUGGGCAAGCCUCAGUCUUCCCAUCUGGAAGACAAGGUGGGACCGUGUAGUCUGAUGCCACGUCCCUUUCAGUUCUCCCAUUCAGUGGCAGAGGCUCUUCUCGGCUCUGACACUGUGUUCCACGUCCUCGGGGCCCUUCCUAUGCUGCUGUUGUGGGAUUCUUCAGUCUGGCCCUCAGGUCACAGCUUCUAUGACUGCUCAGGUGUUACUGGUACGUGGCUACCCUGUGUCCCCUUGGGAAGCCUGACUCUCUUCUCCAGGUACUUGAAGUUUAUAGCAUCACGGACAUCAUAAUAAUAGCACUUUAGGGCAGCUAGGGGAUGCUAUAGUGCCUAGAGUUCUGGACCUGGAAU